AUGGAGGCCGGGCUGCUGAGCGCUGUGCUGGGCGUCGUCAUGGUGCAGACGGCCGGCCAGAUCCUGGACCUGCAGAAGAUUGCAGGAUUCUGGCGGGAAGUCGGUGUGGCUUCCGACCAGAACCUGGCACUGAAGACCCCGAAGAAGCUGGAGGCCUUGUUCCUGAACUUGAACGGGGAAGAGCUGACCGUGAAGGCUGCGUAUAACAACUCAGGAAAUUGUGAGACAGAAAAAAUAGUGGGCUUAGAAAUCGAUGUUUCAGGGAAAUUCAUUUUUCCUGGCCACAGGGAGAUCCACGUGGUAGACACGGACUACGAGCAGUACGCGAUCCUGAGGGUGUCCCUCGUCUGGCGGGACAAGGACUUCCAUGUGCUCAAGUACUUCACUCGGAGCCUCGAGGAUGAGUAUGAACCAGGCUUCUGGAGGUUCCGGGAGAUGACAGCGGACAUAGGGCUUUACCUGGUGGCCCGGCAUGGGAGGUGUGCCAAACUCCUGAAGGAGGUGAGCCUUCGCCCCGGAGCUGAUCUAGAGGAGCCCCUGCCCCAGGCCCAGAUGCUGGAGCCCCCGUACCCACCUGUCCCAUCCGCCCUGCCCGGGGCCACCUGCACCCGCUCCAACCCCUCCCCGGUCCACAGCCGGAGGGGUCCCUCCAUCAUCCGGGGCAUCCCUGUGCUCUCUCGGGCGGCCCAAUAA